AUGCAUAUUCACAUAAUGUAUUUGCUCUUUGUGAUCCUUAUUCCAAAAAUGCUUAGCCUACAAAUGAUAGUUACCUAUGGCAAACCUACAAAUUUCACAGAUGCCACCUCAUUUUCUGAAAGUUCCUGGGAAAGUUGUGUUGAGGAAUGUUAUUUGCAGAAUACUUGUGUGCUCGCCUACUCCCCAACUUCGCCCCUCAACUGCCAGUUAUACCCCGUCAAUCGGAUAUUUUCAGUGCAAAAGUUGUACUCCACAGAUCUGGUAGCUUUCAAGGUCACGAACUCAACUGCUACAUGUCCCACUGGGGAUAACCCGCCGACUUUCGGGAACUUGACUAAUUAUGGCUCCAUAUCCACUGAUCUGGUAGAUUAUACGUACUCUGUGAGUUAUGGAAGUGAUGAUACUUGGAGUUUAAGCUAUAACCUGACCGGGAGAGUCUGUGCAGAUGGAUGGUCGAUGUUUGUUCGGCCAACUACGAAUUGGUGUCUCCAGGUGUUCGGCAGUCCCAGCGUAAGCUACACUCAAGCGGACGCAAUUCAUAACUGUACCAACAUUGGGACGGUUCUAAGUGGUCUGGAAACAUUGGACGAGCGGGAUUUUGUGGCCGCCGGAGCAUUGACCCUGCUGGGUGCCGGGUACCCCGAGUUUGCAGCCGUCUGGGUAUCUGGGAUGAGGAAGCCCGAGUGUUAUUCGGAUGGAUGGGAGAAUUUGGCGGAGUGUGCGGGGACUAAUAUGGAGCAAUUCACAUAUACCGACACUUACAUGGCGAACUAUGCCGGCUACACAUGGGAUCCCAACACUCCUGACCGAAAUUCGACAGGCGUAUGGCAAAACUGCAUUCAAAUGUGGAUUCGUAUAGAGUCUGUGAGCCCGGAUUUUCCAUAUGACACUAACCCAAAUGGCAACUCUGAUGAUGCCACAUGUAACGUGGCAGAUUCUGACGAUUUCAGCCUACGUGGAUUUGCGUGUGGAAAACUGCCAGAGAUACCGGCCGACGCCUGA